GCCGAGCCGCCGCCGGUGCUGCACCUGCCUGCCAUCCAGCCGCCGCCGCCCGUGUUGCCCGGGCCUUUUUUCAUGCCGUCCGACCGCUCCACGGAGCGCUGCGAGACCGUGCUGGAGGGCGAGACCAUCUCGUGCUUCGUGGUGGGCGGCGAGAAGCGCCUGUGUCUGCCGCAGAUCCUCAACUCGGUGCUGCGCGACUUCUCGCUGCAGCAGAUCAACUCGGUGUGCGACGAGCUGCACAUCUACUGCUCGCGCUGCACGGCCGACCAGCUGGAGAUCCUCAAAGUCAUGGGCAUCCUGCCCUUCUCGGCGCCCUCGUGCGGGCUCAUCACCAAGACGGACGCCGAGCGCCUGUGCAACGCGCUGCUGUACGGCGGCGCCUACCCGCCGCCGUGCAAGAAGGAGCUGGCCGCCAGCCUGGCGCUGGGCCUGGAGCUCAGCGAGCGCAGCGUGCGCGUGUACCACGAGUGCUUUGGGAAGUGCAAGGGGCUGCUGGUGCCCGAGCUCUACAGCAGCCCGAGCGCCGCCUGCAUCCAGUGCCUCGACUGCCGCCUCAUGUACCCGCCGCACAAGUUCGUGGUGCACUCGCACAAGGCCCUGGAGAAUCGGACCUGCCACUGGGGCUUCGACUCGGCCAACUGGCGGGCCUACAUCCUGCUGAGCCAGGACUACACGGGCAAGGAAGAGCAGGCGCGCCUCGGCCGGUGCCUGGACGACGUCAAGGAGAAGUUUGACUACGGCAACAAGUACAAGCGGCGGGUGCCGCGGGUGAGUGUCCCGCCGCCCACCGGGCCUGGGCCUGGGGCGUGGGAAGGGCGGGGCCCUCCUGGGCCAGGGGUUGUGUCCUGUUCUUCUGCCUCCCCCACGUAUCUCAGAGUUUUGUUUCGCUCUAAGGAAAUUCAGGGUAGCGCCAGUGUCCCCACAGACAGCCCGGGAGGAAGGGCUUCCUGGCUGAUCUCUGGGACCAGGUUUGCUGGUUGGGGGUCCUGGGGGGGCCUGGAGCAGGCCUGGUGGAUGAAGCCUUCCCAAGGCCCACAGCCGUUGUCCAGAUGGGCUGGGAAGGGCAGGCUUCAGACCUCGGACUCUCUCGCCCUAAGUCCCGGGAAGUUGGAUCUGGGCGGGCCUUCCUGGGGCCUCAAGCCCAGGCCUUUCUCGGGGCCCAAGGAGGUGUCCAGACUGGGUAGGGGAGGAUUCGGUCCUCAACCUAAGGCUCCAGGCUCACACACGGGUGUCUGCGUUUCCCAGCAGGCAGAACUUGGCCAGGCAGGCCCUGUUUGUGCCUUGAAGUCUUGGGAGACAGACUCAAAACUGAAGCCAGGUGUCCAGGCCGUGGUGGCAGGGGGCCGAGACUCAGUGACUCCAGCUCUGUGCGUCUGCCUUGGCCUGCCAGGGAGUGAGUCCCAGAGUACCCGUGUGGGGGCGAGGGCCACUUGGCACUGGGCUCGGGGACUGGUCACCGGGCACCUGGGGCCCUGGCUGUCAGAGGAGCUGCUGGCCUGUGAUUUGUUUUGGAUGUGCACGUUUCCUAUCGCCUCUCUGAGACGCUGAAGGGUACGGCAGGGAGGCCGCUGGCCGAGGCUCUGUUGUUUGCCAAGAGGAGGUUCUGUGUGAUCCAGCCUGGCAGCUUCCAGGCACUAGACGCCGGAACCAUUCACUGGGGGCCUCACCAACUUUGCAUGGCAUCCCCCCAUCCCUUAGUGUUUGUAACUUUUCUUUUAAACAUCCAGGCUUAUUAAACUGCGCACACAGAAUGCUGCAUCGGCUCAGCUAUUCUUGGGAGGCCUAAUUAAUUCAGCUAUUGCAUCAAACUUUUUUUUCCAAAUCUGUGAAUAGAUGCUCCCGCCCGGUUUUCUCUGGGCGCCCCUCCAGCAGAGUGUCAGAGUCUCAGGGAGCGGAGUAGGGGAGGGGAAGUGAGGGCCUGUCGCCUGUGCUCAGAGGGGGCCACCGCGUGCAUUUGUGGAUCUGGUGGUGCUCCUGCCCUUGGCUAGACCAGCGCCCAGGUGGCAGCUGUCUGCAGACUCUGGGGCUGGGAUGGGGUGGGAGAGAUGGUCUGAGCGGGCAGUGCCAGUGGGGAGGAUGCUGACGGCAGACCCAGCAGGCCGGGCGGACCCUCAUUUCAGACUGGGGGUUGGCUGUGUGUGGCUUGAUGGCUGCUCCCUGUCAACGGGGGGCUUUUCUGUUGGGAGUGCUGGUUAGCAUGGCCCAGGGGAGCCCUGUGUGCAGGAUUGUGGUAGGUAAAACUGUGGCAAGUCACUUACAUCCAGAGUGGACAGCAGAGGGUCUGCCUGGUGGGGUGCAUCCGUCUGUGUCUCUGUCUGAAUCUGGAUCGUGUGUGUCCGCGGUCUCCCUGUCUUCCUGGGGUUGGCUUUUUGUCUCAGCUGCACACCUGGGCCUAGGCUCUCUUGUGGCAGCCCUUGCUGUUCUGAACACAGGUGUUCACAGGCUCAAGGAAGGACUGGUCUGGAGCUUGUGGGCUGAGGCACUGCCUAGGGAGAAGGCAAGGAUGGUCCCCUGAGCCACAGUCCCAGAGAAGAGGCCGGAGCGUACUUUCACCCUGGUGAUGUCAGCAGAUGGUCAGCACUCCUUCAGUGCUCUCCCUGCUGCUGCUCAGGAAUCAUUUCUUAGUUAGAGGAACCUCCCCCGUGAUGGUGAAAAUGUGAUCGUUGUAAGAGGCUGGAGUCUCCAGGCCUAAGUGUCAGCCCUGCCCUGUCCUCACAGUGGUGGCCUGGGCUGGUGGGCCUGCUGCUGGCCUCUGCCGUCCGCCAGUCACUCAGAGCUCCUGGGUGCUGUCUUGCCGGCUCCCCCCCCUCGGGGGGCACUCUGCCCACCAGCCUUGCCCGGUUAUCCUCUUCUCGGGGCUCUGCCACUGCCUUGGUUCAUGCGUUUGGGAAUUCUGUGGCACACGGUCCUUUUCAGGUCUCCCCGGCACAGCUGUGCGCCUGUCUGGUUACAGGCUGGAGGCACCCUGUGAGGAGGGGGAUGUCAAUUUCAGGGUGGCUGCCAGACCCUACUUGUGGAUGAAGCUGCCAGGGAAGACCCCUCUCCAGCACCGUGUCUAUCUGUUCCAUCCUCCCACUGCAGUUUGACAGAUUAUUCUUGGGACGUGUUUUGACUUAAUUAUUUGUCUUAUAGUUUAUUUUAAUACUUUUGAUUUGCUGAGGAUGAGGACAGAGGAAACAAAAGAUGUGCUGGGGCAGCCCUUUGUGGGGAUGCGCCUCCCCUGGGUCUUGCUUGGUGACGUGAAGUGAGCCAAGUGGCGCCCUGGUCCCCCUACAGCACUUCUCUGCCGUCGGCAUGGGCGGGGUUGGUGGCUGGCUCGGGACUUCAGUGCUGUCCUGGUGCCUGCUUGCUCUUGCGCGCCCUGCUGUGCCUGCGGCCCGACCACAGAGGGCUGGCGGUUCUGUGGUUGCCCCAGCGUGGAGCUGUGUUUGCAGUGGGGCUCCAGCUUUGAGCCUGGAAACGCUGUGCAGACGGCGAGUUCAGGUGUGCAGGCUGGGGUCCCUCCUCAGUGAUCCCCACCCUGACGUCACAGGGGCCCAAGGAAGUGCUCUUGGCUGUCCCAUGGCUGUCGGGGCCAUGGCGCCCUGGCUGCUUUCCUUGGGGGUCUUGCAGUGGCCGGUCUGGCUCUGGAGCCCUGCAUCCUCACUCUGUCCCUCGUGGGCCACGUGCCCUCGAGCGAGUUGCUUGACCUGUUUGUGCCUUAGUUUCCACAAGUGUGAAGUGGGCACCUUAGGAAGUAGCGGCCGUGGACAGCGUUUGUUUGUGGGGUCUUAGCGGUUGAGUGUCAUGGGCAGGGCGAGGACUUGUUUUCUGCUGGGAUCGUGUGGUGAGACACAGGAACCUUGGAGCCUUCCCCACGCCCACGGUUGGCUCUGUCCCUUCCUCCGGUGCUUGUCUGACGGCGUUGGGACUGAACAGGACUGAUGUUUAACGGGAUAGAUCGCGCUGUCGGCGCGGCUGCUGGCUGGGACGUGGCUUUCCUGUGGGGGGCGCUGCCUCCUGGGGUGGACGGCACAGGGUCGGCCCUUUGCGGUGGGGUGAUGGGCUCCUUGGAACGGCUGCUCCUGAGCGGCCUGAUCCUUGGACUGGAGAACCAGGAUCGUGCCCGUUUAUUGUAUGUCUGUCCUCAGGACGCCAGGUUCUCGGAGGAGUCGUCUUCAUGGAACUAACUGCCCGAUCUGCACGGCAGGGGCGUGGGCUGGUGGCGGGCAGCGGGCAGCGUGGGCUUCCGCCGUGGGAUCCGUGUAUGUUCUAGUGUUGAAAGCGGUAUUUUCUCUGAGAGGAGACCUGGCCAGGCCAUCCAAAUGGAGGAGCACCGAGUCCCGCGGGCCCUCUUGGGGAGUGGGGGAUCCUGGUCCAGGGACAUUCUCUAAGGGGGGGUGCGAGUCGUACUUCUGAGCUGAAGUGACCACGAGAAGGAACGACAUCAGGACCGUCCGUCAGGCUGGGACGGACUCUGACCAGCGUGCUUCUCCGACACCUGCUCUUUGUCCGGGCGCUGUGCUCACCUGGGUACCGGCAGAUUUGGGCACAGAUGGAGAGGUUGCACUGUCCCUUGGUGCAGUUGCUUUGCUCUGGGUUUUCAUGGGUCCCAUGGUGAUUUCCUGGCUUCAGGUGCUUGGGUGAGAAGCUGGGGUGCCAACCUGGGUGACGCUCUGAGGCGGGGCUCCUAGAUGGAUCCCACACCCAUGUCCUGAAGGAUGGGGUCUGUGAGUCCAUCUGGUCGCCAGGGUGAAGGCUGCAGAGUGAAGGUGGGGGAUCUUCUCAAACGAGGAGGCAGUUUGAGCGAGGCCUCUGGUUUCUAACCCGUGGUUGGCGUGUAUGAGGGAGGGAGGGCGUGGGGGGCCGGGCACCCUCCUUCUGUGCAGUGAGCAGAGCCCUUGCCAUGGUCUCCAAGCCUGGGCCAUCAGCUUAUCUGUGCAUGUGCCAUCUUCAGCUGUCCUGCUGGUUUCCAGGCUCCUCCUUGGAGCUGGGCAGGGGCCCUUGCCUUCGAGGUUUCCCUGGGGCCGGUGUCUUGCCUUGGGGCAGCAGGUGACUGAGUGGCUCUCGCCCCUGUCCCCGCUGCCCCUCCGGGGCCCCUCAGUCAGUGCAGGGCUUUGAGGGUAAGGCCAUCAACUCCCCACCUUCCUCGCAGUCCAUCUGUGUGCCACUCCCUGUGACUGAACCCUGCCCCGCACCCUGGCCCUUGGGCGGUGGGAGGGUCCGGGGGAGGCGGUGCUUCCGGGCCCUGCACCCUGGCUGUCUGGCGGGAGGUGGCCGCAGCCGGCGGCCGGACUCUCUGUGGCCCAGAGACUGUUACACAAGCAGCAAUAAUGUGUCUCUUUCUAAGGAUUGCGAAAGUUGGGGAGGAUUUCUCCACUGGAAGAAUUAUGCAAGUUUCAACUGAAAUGUUUUUAAAAAGUUUCUUUGUUGUGAGUCAAAAUACAGAGGCCGAAUUAUUUCCUUCAGAUCCGAGAGGGCUGGAGAAGUGGGGCUCCUUUCUCCCGAGGGCCCUUCCUCCUGCCCCGCCAGUCGCCGGGGACACUGCGGGCACACCAGGUGGGGGGCCGUGAGAUCACGGAGAGCUUCUCUGCACAUGUGGUGGAGAUGCGCCUGGCAGGUUGGAGUCGCAGAGAAGGGACAGGAAGCCGUUUCCUGGGAGUGGGGGCCCCCUGUGGUGGGUGGCUCCUCCCUGCCGGGGCCAUGAGUAGUCUGAAGUGGGUUUCAGGUGGUGUGGGUUAGAGCUGCAGACGAUGUCUGUGAGAGCAGUGUGGGGCAGGUGGGGGACUCGGGGCCGUGUGUCCGCCGUGUGGCCUGCCCAGCGUGGCCCAGGUCCCCCCAGACUUUCCUGACCUCGGAGUCCAGGCCCCCAGAGCGACCAGGUGCAGUUUGUGCAGGUGAACUCAGGAAGCACGUAGCGUGCUCCAGGGUGGGCGAGGGAGCAAACUACAGCCUUUACGCAGCUUUUCUGUGACUAGAGGUUGGGGUUGUAGAAGCUCUCUGCUUUUAGAGCUCUGAGGGCACCCUGGAAACAGCCAAGGUGCCGUCUGGGUAUUUGGCAUUUGUGUCUUUUCUGAUACUAUUUUUUGUGUAUGUAUAUUUAUUUGUGCGUGUACGUGUCUAUUGAAGUACAGUCAGUUGUGUCAACUUCUGGUGUACAGUAUAGUGCUUCAGUCAUACGUGAACGUACGUACUCGUUUUCAUGUUGUUUUUCACCGUAAAUUACUGCGAGAGAAUGAGUAGAGUUUCCAGUGUGAAUACAGUAUGAACUUGUUUAUCCAUUUUGUACGUAUUAGUAUUUCCAAAUCUUGAACUCCCGAUUUAUCCCUUCCUGAUUUUACUUUUUGACUUAGAAAGAUUCAGAGAGUGCUCUGACUUCUUGAUUUUGCAGCUACAGAUAAUAAUUCAGGAAGUCUUGGCGUGACUCCGUGGGCCGCACAGCCCACAGCGGUCUGGGUUCUCCGGGGAGCCCUGGCUGCGGCCGGCCCUGGGGGUUGUGUGUUUGUGGUUGUGUUGUUGGCUUCGUGGGGGUGGGGGAGUUCGGUCAUGGCCGGGUCCCCAGUUCCGGGCCCGGAGUAAAUACUUGUUGAAUGACUCACAGAAGCCUGAAAUCACUAGGUGUCAGGGUUUAUUGGCGGCUUUGCUCUUGACGGCUAGAGGAGACGGCGCCUUUCUCGGAGAGGAGCAGCCUUUCGGAUGUUGGGCAUCCUCGUCCUCUCUCAGAUCUGCAAGGGCCGCUGGGGCCUGACGCUGGGCCGUUGCCUGGGGGGUGAUGCGAGGGUGCCCCCCACUCUGGCUCUACCUGGAUGGGCCUGGCCCUGCAUCUACCCACACUUGGCCUCUGCUGGGAUGCUGGCUGGCUACUUUGAAAGAAGCAUCUCUGGAAAUGGGCUUCCUGCCGCUAUGCUGCUGGUUUGCGGAGAAAACAUCGCAGGUGGGUGGCCCUGGGUGGGGGUGGGGAGGGACGUAAGGCUGGUGGGCUUGAGGGCAAUUGGAGCCCAGGUGGUCUGAGGGCCCAGGAUGCCAGUGCGGCUCUGGUGUGGCCCUCGCCCUCCUUACCCGGCCCCAGAGCCCACAUGUGAGGUGCCAACUGGGGUGCUGACUUAGCUGUGCGCCCCAACCCCAGGUCUGAUCACACCAGAAGCCUGUUGGGACUGCAGGUGGGGGAAGUGGAUAUGUUUUUGGGUCACUCACCAGGUAUCAGGGUCCUGUGUGCCCGUGCUAGCCUCCCUCUGCCUGAGGAGCUGUCGGUUCUGGCAUCCCAGGAGCCAGCUGGCUGUGACUUGGUGUCUGGGGGCCUUCCUGGAAUCUGGGCCUGGAGGCACUGUCUCCACUGCACCCCACCAUUCCCAGCUGGCGGGGGCAUCCCCCACGCCUCUCCUGGGACACGUAGCUUGUUGGGGAGGAAGUGUGUUCUGGGAGCUGGGGGGUCUGUCCUGCUUUGUGGGCAGGAGACCAUUCCCCAGCCCCCCAUGCCCGUGGCCAUCACGGCCACACCCGACACCAACGACCAGGAGGGCCCUGAGCCCCAGGGAGGCUGGUGGCCCACCUGGCUCUGAGGCUGGUGGAUUCUGGACCACCUGCGGGACCAAGUGUCCAGGGCCAAGGCCCCGCUUCCCCCGGGAGCAGUGCCUGCUCCUUGUGCACGGCACACGUCCACUUGCUGUCACCUCAGUGUUCCUGCGUGACCCUAGCCCCAUGGCUGUGGUUUGUGACUCAGGCCUGGCUGGUAGGUGAGGCAUCCAUGUGGCAAGUGGCAGUGACGGGCCAGCUGGCACCAGCCGCGGCCUCCCCGCCGUGUGCGCUGCCUCAGACCCGACUCCCUGGCUGUCCACGCACAGAGCUGGGGUUGGCUGGGGCGGCGCUGCCGCGUGUGGUCCUGGUGGUCCUCCUGCUGCUGGUGGUGCGGGCUGUGGUUCUCUUAUGGCCCCCGUGGACACGUUUAUGUCCCCAAUAUUGUCCUCUCUGUCAGCUUGCUGCUGCACUCC